AUGCCCGUCCGAAUCCUUGAAGGAGAGCCCCCCUGCCCCCCGCCUGGGGCAUCCUCCCACUGGACAUCUACCUCCUCUCAGAAUGGGAUACUCCGCAUUCUUCCUACCUCGCCGACUCUUCGCAGAGCCCCGUCCCUGAGUCCCCAUCUGACCGACGUAAUCGGCUUAUUCGCCAAUUCCUUGCGCUGGGGAGUGCGGGACGUCAGGUACUUUUUACCUUCCCAAAUUUCUAUUUUGACACCUAACAUCCGACGAAUAAAGCAGCCCUACCAGUCACAAACUGAAACCCCAACACCUACAGACGCUCAAAUAACCGAAAUCCUGCAUCCCGCGCGUCCCGAGUGGCUCCGGCCCUACGCUGAGUACACGGGCUCCCUAGACGAAGGACUUUAUCUCCGUCUCUGCUACGACGCAGACAAAGAAGAGGCGCAUAAGUCCCCUAUGGUCGCAGAACCUGGACGCGGCUUUUUCGUAGGACCAGACGGCAUUAUCUUCGAUGAUAAAGAGCUUUUCGGCGGCGAGGGAAUACAUCUGGCGACGUUCUUGGAAAUCUUCCCGGAGAGGGUCACAAAUGUGGGGUCUGUUGCACAUGUUGAGCUUCGGAUAUUUGGAGGAGGAUUCACGAAGUUGGAGGGAAUAUUGAAGGUGAAGGGGAGGACGGAUACUCCGAUGGUCAAGGGCGCUCUUACGGGGAUGCGGACCGAGGACCCGCUGCUUCGAUAUGGAGAAUAUCACGCUGCUUGUGUCGUGACACAUCCGUUUAUUGAAAAUGAAGAGACUCUUGAUGGAAACGGGUUGCUACAUGUGUUUUUGGAUGACACUGGGAAUGUGGUUAGGCACUGGAGGACGGAUGAUGAAGGCGGGGACUAUGAUUUUGAUGGCACAUGGAAGGAGGGGAAUUGGAAGGAGGAUUUUAUGAGUGGGAGGGGGGAGCUUGGGGCUUCUUAUCGCGAGGGAGGUGUUAGGGGGCCGCCCUAUGAGCUUUAG